AUGCAGGUGACGUUCCGGAAAGCUAGUGGAGCGAACGAGGACGAUGGCCUGACUCUGGGACCUCUGGGAGGGCAGGAUAUGGGCAGGGGUAGCGUCUGCCGGGCAAGACUGAGUGGAAAUGCGUCCGAUCAGAGCGGGAAAAGGUGGACUGGCCGUCGUAGCGCCUUUGGGGGAGGAGCCGCGAAGUGGACUUGGCCGUAUGAUACUGUAAACUCAUCCGGUGUCGGACCAAGAAAAUGGGUUUUGCAGUUCACCCAGCAAGUCCAAGAAAGGGCAGCAUUGGAGAAAAUCAAAGCUAAUCAAGGAAAUUUCAUCAAAACGAAAGCUACUCACCGAUUUCACGAGAGGGUUGCGGCUCGUCACAAAGCUUUGCGACCAUCGAAAGACCCAAAAGUCACGGAGCUCGCCAAGGCCGUCGCUGGCCCAGGCUUGGUCAUGUGUUGCACGUGA